AUGCCUCGUCGAUUUAGCAGCAACUCCUCCAACGACACCUCCACCAACCCGCCGUCCUUUUCACCCUCAGGGAAGGGCGGUAUUUCUAUCAAGACGCCCACCGUCAAGACCAAUCGCCUGUCACAGCUGUUCUCGAGCUCGCCUAAGUCGAAAGAAUCUGUACAGUCCAGUGGGAACUCCCAACCUAACGCUUCUUCCCCGCCGAUCAGUUCGGCUUCACUGUCCUUACCGACGAUAUCAUUAUCAACGGCCACUGCGGAUAACCCCAAUAUGGACGAACUGCCUCAAACUCUCUUCCAGCCUCCCACCCCGGAGGAGGCCCGCCGCUUGGCUAAGCAACAUGCGCAGUUCGGCCCAAUCGGUCACCCCAGCCAUCGCUACUCUAGUCGACACCCUGGCGGUGUCUUCCCGGAACCAGUGAUGGACGAGCCGCCGUAUUACUACCUGCUCACCACCUACAUCAGUUAUCUAAUUCUAAUUGCCUUCGGGCAUGUUCGUGAUUUCUUCGGCAAACGUUUCCGCGAAGAAAACUACCGCCACCUCAAGCCUCGCCAUGGCUAUGCGGCUCUCAACAGCGAUUUCGACAAUUUCUACGUCCGCCGUCUGAAGCUUCGCAUCAACGACUGCUUCGAGCGCCCCGUAACUGGUGUUCCCGGCCGCACCAUCACCUUGAUCGAUCGGGCUACAGAUGACCACAACCAGCAUUUCUACCUGACGGGCACCACCACUGACACCCUCAACCUGAGUUCCUACAACUACCUGGGUUUCGCUCAAUCCGAGGGACCCUGUGCGGACCAAGCGGAAGAUUCUAUCAGGAAAUACGGAAUCACAGCACCCAGCACCCGUGCCGAGUCAGGUACCCAAGAUUUGCACGUUGAGGUUGAGGAUCUGGUUGCCAGAUUCGUUGGAAAGGAAGCUUCAAUGAUUUUCUCCAUGGGCUUCGGUACCAAUGCAACCAUUUUCCCCGCUCUUGUCUCGAAGGGAUGUCUUUUGAUCUCUGACGAGCUGAACCACGCAUCAAUCCGUUUCGGUGCUCGUCUGUCCGGUGCCUCCAUUUCCAUGUUCAAGCACAAUGACAUGGGUGACUUGGAACUGAGACUCCGAGAGGCAAUUUCUCAAGGUCAACCCCGCACCCACCGCCCCUGGAAGAAGAUCUUGGUCGUGGUGGAGGGUCUGUAUUCAAUGGAAGGCUCCAUGUGCAACCUGCCCGGUCUUGUGCAACUGAAGCGCAGAUACAAGUUCAAUCUCUUCGUCGACGAGGCUCAUUCCGUUGGAGCCAUUGGUCCCAAGGGCCGAGGUGUAUGUGACUACUUCAGCAUCGAUACAUCCGAGGUUGAUGUUUUGAUGGGCACCCUUACGAAGUCGUUCGGAGCCAACGGUGGCUACAUUGCGGCAGACAAAGUGAUGAUCGAUCAGCUCCGUGCUACCAACCCUGGUGUCUUCUAUGGAGAAUCUCCCGCGCCCGCCAUUCUUGUCCAAAUCUCAUCCGCUCUGCGCAUCAUUAGCGGUGAGCUCGUUCCCGGCCAGGGUGAGGAGCGUUUGCAGCGACUCGCUUUCAACUCGCGAUACCUGCGCCUGGGCUUGAAGCGUCUGGGCUUCAUCGUGUAUGGACAUGACGAUUCACCAAUCGUCCCUGUUCUACUCUUCAACCCCGCCAAGAUGCCCGCCUUUUCACACGAGAUGCUGCGCCGCAAGAUUUCUGUCGUUGUCGUUGGUUACCCCGCGACUCCACUGGUCUCAUCGCGUGCGCGUUUCUGUGUUUCCGCUGCCCACACCAAAGAGGAUCUUGAUCGUGUCUUGACUGCUUGUGAUGAAAUCGGCAACGUUUUGCAGCUCAAGUUCUCCACUGGUAUCGCCGGAGGUGCUCUUCCUCCCACCGAGCAGCCCAGUCCUCCCAAAGAGCUGGAGAAGGAACACCAGCACAAGCUCUCAGAGCACAUUACCCCUCCCCGUUGGCGCAUCGAAGAUGUCAUCCGACGCGGAGUCCAAGAUGUCAAGACUCCCUUGUUCUAA